CGGGAAGGAAGAGUGACUGCUCGUAGUUUUCUUCACUUCUCAACCCUCCGCCUCAAUUUUCGCCAACUCAAUCAAUACCCUUAAUUCUCAGACUCAUUUUCGCUUUCCACCCUGUGUUUCUCCUCUUAAAUAUCCUUUCUGCCUUUUGACUGGGCUUCCUAGUAGUCCCGCUGUCCCCCAUCUGACUCUACGCACAAACUACCUCCGGAGGGAAUACUGCGCGUCUUCCCCGAAAGACACGAUAUUCUCGGCUUACAUUUUGCUGUAACGCAAAGACAGCAUGACCAACCCGACUGUCACCUAUGGCCGUGGUGGCGCUGGCAACGUCACCACCAAAAAUAGCCAGUCGCCUGCUCUCGAGCCUCAGACCACUCCUUCGUUGAAAUCUAAGACGUAUACCACCGGGCGAGGCGGAACUGGCAACAUGGCCAAGAACGACUUUGACCACCCAGAGGAAGCCCGCCGUGCUCAGGAUGUCGAUGUUCCCGCAAUUACAAUUCCAGAGGGUGUCCACCACACCGGCAGAGGUGGUGCAGCCAACCUAUACAAGCCCACCGAAAAUGAACAGCGUGAGGCUCGAGCACACAAUGAGAAAGUGCGGUCCGAAUCCUUCAACAAAGAACGAAGCACCAUCCGUUCACUAGCGGACAAGACAAAGGAGACCCUAACCGGCAAGCAUCACGCCGACAAGUGAACAAAGAGGAACGAGAAGCCCCAACAUUGCGCCCCGUUGAGAUAAGAAUUUUAGUUCAUUAAUUACAGCAUCCGGACGGAUUCGUUGUGCUCUGGCCUGGUGGGCAUGGACGGUCAUUCGGAACCGCUUUGCUGGCUGUGAUGAGCAGUUUGAGGAUGUGUCCUUGGACUUCCCCGUCCACUGGGUCCGUACUCGGUAUGCAGAUAGACGAAGCCAGGGCUACGCCACGAAGCGGAAGGUUGAAUUCCGCACCAAUAUUGAUCGAUUCAAACUUCGGUAAUGGUCCUGUAAGGGCGUGUGCAAGGAGAACGAACUCUGGAAGGCAUUCGCCACUGGAGAAGCAGGUCUCAACUUAAGCGUCCCUCGGCGCCUUACUACUCCUUAGCUGUUCAACGAGGAAAAGUUGGGAGGGGGGUGUUGGUGGGUGCAGAGUGGAGUGUCAGUAGACGAAGAUAGCGGCGAGCUGCACAUGCCAACGAGGGCAAUGGAAUAGCGCGCACGAAUUCUUUGGUUACACAGCGCCAAAUGUCGGAGCAGCCAUGUCAAUCUCGUGGCCCUUUUUCCUGCACGGCACUCUGACGCUUGAUCCAGGCCGCACAACAGGCGACCCGAAAAACGCAGAGUGACGUGUCACACAGCCCAUCAGCCACUGACCUCAUACCAAGCAAGAAUUGGGGCAACAUAUUAGGACAAGAGCAAUGUUGCGAACAACAUCUAGAAAAGGUAUGGAAGCGUUGUUGACAGUGGCUCGCAUUGGCAGCAAGCCACGGCUGGCGGUGGUGGAGCUAGGGAUUUUUGGUUUUUCUUGUCGUUUUCUCCAUCCUGUCAAGUUUUCCCUCUGGACUUUUGUGUAAGAAGCAAAUACGGGGCUGUAGCUUUGAGGGGGAUGAAUUAGUAGGUAGGGACUAAAGUGCGGCAGAUGCGCAGGAUCGACGACUUGGUGCUUUUGCCGCGAGCCCCGAAGGUCAAAGCAACU